AUGUGGCGGGUCUGCGCGGUGGAGACGCCCGUAGCAGCGAUGACGAGCCUGACCCUUGUGUCCGCCCCCAAGAUGCCGUGGCCCCCCCAGCCCCCGGUCUCUACCGUUGUGGAGCUGAACGUGGGGGGCGAGUUCUACACCACCACCCUGGCUACCCUGAGAAAACUCCCGGACUCAAAGCUAGCCGAGAUGUUCUCCAGCUUCGCCAAGACCUGCAGGGACGCCAAGGGCCGCUUCUUCAUCGAUCGCCCCGGCUCCUAUUUUGGGCCCAUCCUGGACUACCUGCGCAGCGGGCAACUGCCCACGCAGAACAUCCCCGAAGUGUACCGUGAAGCUCAGUUUUACGACAUCAAGCCUUUGGUCAAGCUCCUGGAGGACACGCCGCAGAUCUUCGGCGAGCAGGUGGCUCGGAAGCAGUUCGUGCUGCGAGUGCCAGGCUACAGCGAGAACCUGGAGCUCAUGGUGCGCCUGGCGCGCGCCGAGGCCGUGGGCGCGCGCAGGUCGAGCGUGAUAGUGUGCGCGGUGCCCACCGAGGAGCAAGAGACGUGGUGUGCGGAGGCUCUUCGGGUCCUGGAGGCUGACAAGAAGUCUGUUGUCAAGUUCGGGCCUUGGAAGGCGGCCCCAGACAGAGACGACCUCCUGCACUGCGUGGAGAUGGACAUUAAGGCCCAGGGAUACACGGUGUUCUAUGAGCGCUACCCCUUGGAGAAGGUGUCCCGGGCCAAGCUCUGCCACGCCUUCUACAUAUUCAGCUUCACCUGGUGGCACCUCCCACCAGAGGCUCCGCCUUCUCCAAGCUACGCUCGAGAUUUCUUUCCUCUGGCGCAAGAAGCGUGGGCGGCGAAAUCUGUCCGUACAGCGGCGGGGCAGUCGAGCAGCCGGAAGCGGGCCUCUCUUUCCCAAGAAGCCCACUGCCUUGUGGGAUAG